GUAGGCGGGGCCUGGCUGGGUUUUUUUUCCCCCCUUUAAGAGGCGGCGCCGGGGCAGGAGCCAUUUUCCCUUCUGCGGCGGCGAGUGGCACCGGGAAGCUGAGGGGCAGGAGGAAGGAGACGAGGCUGCACGAGCUGUGUAAGCCCUCGUGUCCCCGCUUUAGGAAGACAUGGCAUCGGGCAUUGGUCCACUGUCACCCUGCUCUGCUGGUAGUGAUGAUGAUGAGAUGGAGAUCCUGCUGAACAACAGUAUUCCUCAGCAUCCAGAGCCUGAAGAAGAGCCAGAGGAAGAGCUUCUAUCAGAGGCUGAAACUCCCAAGAUCAAGAAGAAGAAAAAACCCAAGAAGCUGAAGGAACCAAAAGUGCCCAAGCUCAGCAAGCGCCAGAAAAAGGAGCUGGGAGACAGCUCUGGUGAGGGAAAUGAGUUUGUGGAGGAAGAGGAGGAGGUCUUGCGCUCAGACAGUGAGGGCAGUGACUACACCCCAGGGAAGAAGAAGAAGAAGAAACUAGGACCCAAAAAGGAAAAGAAAAAUAAAGCCAAGCGCAAGGAGGAGGAAGAGGAGGAGGAGGAGGAUGAUGACUCCAAGGAACCCAAAUCAUCUGCUCAGCUCCUAGAGGACUGGGGCAUGGAAGAUAUUGAUCAUAUCUUCACAGAAGAGGAUUAUCGCACUCUUACCAACUACAAAGCCUUCAGUCAAUUUGUUAGGCCACUCAUUGCAGCCAAGAACCCGAAGAUAGCUGUUUCAAAGAUGAUGAUGGUACUGGGGGCCAAAUGGAGGGAGUUCAGCACUAACAACCCCUUCAAAGGCAGUUCAGGAGCAUCUGUGGCAGCUGCUGCGGCUGCUGCUGUGGCUGUAGUCGAGAGCAUGGUGACCAGCGUGGAUGUUGUCCUGCCCCAGCCCCCUGUUGAUGUACCACUUCGUAAGGCGAAGACCAAGGAGGGCAAAGGGCCAAAUGCCCGGCGAAAGCCUAAGGCCAGUCCUCGUGUUCCUGAUCUCAAGAAACCCAAAACUAAAAAGGUGGCUCCUUUAAAAAUCAAAUUGGGAGGAUUUGGCUCCAAGCGCAAGAGAUCAUCAAGUGAAGACGAUGAUCUGGAUGUGGAAUCAGACUUCGAUGAUGCCAGUAUCAAUAGCUACUCUGUUUCAGAUGGAUCCACCAGCCGUAGCAGCCGCAGUCGGAAAAAACUCAAAGCUGGGAAAAAGAAAAAAAAAGGUGAGGAAGACUCCGCAGUGGCUGUAGAUGGCUACGAGACGGAUCAUCAGGACUAUUGUGAGGUGUGCCAGCAGGGAGGAGAAAUCAUUCUCUGUGACACUUGCCCCCGUGCCUACCACAUGGUUUGCCUGGAUCCAGACAUGGAGAAAGCACCAGAGGGCAAGUGGAGCUGUCCACAUUGUGAAAAAGAGGGCAUUCAGUGGGAGGCAAAAGAGGAUAACUCUGAAGGUGAGGAGAUCCUGGAAGACGUUGUGGGGGAUGCUGAAGAGGAGGACGACCACCACAUGGAAUUCUGCCGUGUCUGCAAGGAUGGAGGAGAGCUGCUCUGCUGUGAUGCCUGUCCCUCUUCUUACCACAUCCACUGCCUAAAUCCCCCACUGCCAGAGAUUCCCAAUGGAGAAUGGCUGUGUCCUCGCUGCACUUGCCCAGCUCUGAAAGGAAAGGUGCAGAAGAUCUUGAUCUGGAAGUGGGGCCAGCCACCUGUGGGUCCACCACCACCACGACCACCUGAUGCAGACCCUAGUGCUCCUCCCCCCAAGCCUCUGGAGGGCCGGCCUGAGAGACAGUUCUUUGUCAAAUGGCAGGGCAUGUCUUAUUGGCAUUGCUCUUGGGUGUCUGAGCUACAACUGGAGCUGCACUGCCAGGUGAUGUUUCGAAACUACCAGCGUAAGAAUGACAUGGAUGAGCCACCCUCAGGGGAUUUUGGUGGUGAGGAGGAGAAGAGCCGAAAACGGAAGAACAAGGAUCCAAAGUAUGCUGAAAUGGAGGAACGCUUCUAUCGCUAUGGGAUCAAGCCAGAGUGGAUGAUGAUCCACAGGAUCCUCAACCACAGUGUGGAUAAGAAAGCGAAUGUCCAUUACCUGAUUAAAUGGAGGGACCUACCUUAUGACCAGGCAUCUUGGGAGAGUGAGGAUGUGGAUAUACAAGAUUAUGAUCUCUACAAACAGGCCUACUGGAAUCAUAGAGAGCUAAUGAGAGGUGAAGAAGGUCGGCCUGGCAAGAAAAUAAAGAAGGUGAAGAUGCGGAAGCUGGAGAGGCCCCCAGACACUCCCACAGUGGAUCCAACAGUGAAGUAUGACCGACAGCCAGACUACCUUGAUGUAACAGGAGGGACCUUGCACCCGUACCAACUGGAAGGGUUGAACUGGCUACGCUUCUCCUGGGCCCAGGGCACAGACACUAUCUUGGCUGAUGAAAUGGGGCUGGGCAAAACUGUGCAGACAGCAGUGUUCCUAUAUUCCCUGUACAAAGAGGGCCACUCAAAGGGACCCUUCCUGGUGAGUGCCCCACUUUCUACAAUCAUCAACUGGGAGCGGGAGUUUGAGAUGUGGGCUCCAGACAUGUAUGUGGUGACCUACGUGGGAGACAAAGAUAGCCGUGCCAUCAUCAGAGAGAAUGAAUUCACCUUUGAGGACAAUGCCAUUCGAGGGGGCAAGAAGGCUUCCAGGAUGAAGAAGGAGGCAGCUGUGAAGUUCCAUGUGCUCCUUACAUCAUAUGAAUUGAUCACCAUUGACAUGGCCAUUUUGGGGUCCAUCGAUUGGGCCUGUCUCAUUGUGGAUGAAGCUCACCGGCUCAAGAACAACCAGUCUAAGUUUUUCCGGGUACUGAAUGGCUAUUCUCUCCAGCACAAGCUGCUGCUCACUGGGACCCCUCUGCAAAACAAUUUAGAGGAGCUGUUCCACCUGCUCAACUUCUUGACACCUGAGAGAUUCCAUAACCUGGAGGGCUUUUUGGAAGAGUUUGCAGACAUUGCCAAGGAGGAUCAGAUCAAGAAGCUGCAUGACAUGCUGGGCCCACACAUGCUGAGACGUCUCAAGGCUGAUGUUUUCAAGAACAUGCCCUCAAAGACUGAACUUAUUGUGCGGGUAGAGUUGAGCCCUAUGCAGAAGAAAUAUUAUAAAUAUAUUUUGACAAGAAAUUUUGAGGCACUGAAUGCACGUGGUGGUGGCAAUCAAGUCUCCCUGCUCAAUGUGGUCAUGGAUCUGAAGAAAUGCUGCAAUCACCCCUACCUCUUUCCUGUGGCUGCUAUGGAGGCUCCAAAAAUGCCAAAUGGGAUGUAUGAUGGUAGUGCCCUGAUCCGAGCAUCUGGGAAGCUUCUGCUGCUCCAGAAGAUGUUGAAGAACCUCAAGGAAGGAGGCCACAGAGUACUCAUCUUUUCACAGAUGACUAAAAUGUUGGACCUUUUGGAGGAUUUUCUGGAACAUGAAGGGUAUAAAUAUGAGCGGAUUGAUGGUGGGAUCACGGGGAACAUGCGGCAGGAAGCUAUUGAUCGUUUCAAUGCUCCUGGUGCUCAGCAGUUCUGCUUCCUACUUUCCACUCGAGCUGGUGGGCUUGGUAUCAAUCUGGCCACAGCAGAUACAGUGAUCAUUUAUGACUCGGACUGGAACCCACAUAAUGACAUCCAGGCCUUUAGCCGUGCACACAGGAUUGGGCAGAACAAGAAGGUGAUGAUUUACCGCUUUGUGACACGGGCAUCAGUGGAGGAGCGUAUCACUCAGGUGGCCAAAAAGAAGAUGAUGCUAACGCAUCUAGUAGUGAGGCCAGGUUUGGGCUCCAAGACAGGCUCCAUGUCCAAGCAGGAGCUUGAUGACAUCCUCAAGUUCGGCACUGAGGAGCUCUUCAAGGAUGAAUCUGCAGAGGGGGGUGAUAACAAGGAGGGUGAGGACAGCAGUGUCAUUCACUAUGAUGACAAGGCAAUUGAACGGUUGCUGGACAGGAAUCAGGAUGAAACAGAAGACACAGAACUCCAGGGCAUGAAUGAGUAUCUCAGCUCGUUCAAGGUGGCCCAGUAUGUAGUACGUGAGGAGGAGAUGGGGGAGGAGGAAGAGGUUGAACGGGAGAUCAUUAAGCAGGAAGAAUCGGUGGAUCCUGAUUACUGGGAGAAGCUACUGCGUCAUCACUAUGAGCAGCAGCAGGAAGACCUAGCCAGGAACCUGGGCAAGGGGAAACGUAUUCGCAAGCAAGUCAACUACAAUGAUGGCUCCCAAGAGGACAGAGAUUGGCAGGAUGAUCAGUCUGAUAACCAGUCGGAUUAUUCAGUGGCAUCUGAGGAGGGAGAUGAAGACUUUGAUGAGAGAUCUGAAGCGGCUCGUCGGCCAAGCCGUAAAGGCCUGAGAAAUGACAAGGACAAGCCCUUGCCUCCCUUGCUUGCCCGUGUAGGAGGGAACAUAGAGGUGCUUGGUUUCAAUGCCCGCCAGCGCAAGGCCUUCCUCAAUGCUAUCAUGCGUUAUGGGAUGCCACCCCAGGAUGCCUUCACCACCCAGUGGCUUGUCCGGGACCUGCGUGGCAAGUCUGAAAAGGAAUUCAAGGCCUAUGUGUCUCUCUUCAUGCGUCACCUCUGUGAGCCAGGAGCAGAUGGUGCAGAGACUUUUGCGGAUGGGGUCCCACGGGAGGGCCUGUCCCGUCAGCAUGUCCUCACCCGCAUUGGCGUUAUGUCGCUUAUACGUAAAAAGGUGCAGGAAUUUGAGCACGUGAAUGGGCGCUGGAGCAUGCCGGAACUGGCGGAGAUAGAGGAGAACAAAAAGCUUUCACAACCAGGCUCGCCCUCUCCCAAAACACCCACUCCCUCUACGCCAGGGGACACGCAGCCAAACACACCUGCCCCUGUUCCUCCACCCGUGGGUGAGACAGAAGAGGGAGUAAAAAUAGAAGAUGGAGCCAGCACCAAGGAGCAAGGGGAGCCCACAGAGUCAGAGAGAGAACCCCACCACACUGCUCCGGCUGAAGUUGAAGUCUCUCUGGAAUGUACCCAGUCUGUGGAUACUUCACCACAGGAGGCAAAGUCCCCAGCAAACACUCCAGAAGCAGAGGAGAAAAAAACUGAGGAACCAGAAGUGAAGGAAAGACCUGAAGAGCCAAUGGAAGUGGAAAGCAAAGCUGAUGUGGAGAAGGUAGAAGAGAGGGCACUUGCUGAGCCCCCUACAGAACCUCCCACAAUUAACUUGGAUGAGAAAGAGGAAAAAAAGGAUGAUGACAAGAGGGAUGUAGUGAUGCUGCAGAAUGGGGAGAUGCUGAAGGACACUGAUGAGAGGCACAAGAAAGCAGUGAAGCAGCGCUUUAUGUUCAACAUAGCAGAUGGUGGCUUCACUGAGUUGCACUCUUUGUGGCAGAAUGAAGAGCGGGCUGCAACUGUUACCAAGAAAACCUAUGAGAUUUGGCACCGGCGCCAUGACUACUGGCUCCUGGCUGGGAUCAUCAAUCAUGGCUAUGCCCGCUGGCAGGACAUUCAGAAUGAUCCACGUUACGCCAUCCUCAAUGAACCCUUCAAGGGAGAGAUGAACAGAGGCAACUUCCUGGAAAUCAAAAACAAGUUCCUAGCCAGAAGGUUUAAGCUGUUGGAGCAGGCACUAGUAAUUGAGGAGCAGCUGCGGCGAGCUGCCUAUCUGAACAUGUCAGAAGACCCUUCACACCCAUCUAUGGCCCUAAAUACACGGUUUGCUGAGGUGGAGUGUCUGGCAGAGAGCCACCAGCACCUGUCCAAGGAAUCAAUGGCUGGGAACAAGCCAGCCAAUGCCGUGCUUCACAAAGUUCUGAAGCAGCUGGAGGAGCUUUUGAGUGAUAUGAAGGCAGAUGUGACUCGCCUACCUGCCACCAUUGCCCGCAUCCCACCUGUGGCAGUACGUCUCCAGAUGUCGGAGCGCAACAUCCUCAGUCGACUGGCCAACCGCAGUAGCGAACCCCCUCCACCACCACCUCCCCAGCAGGUGGCCCAGCAGCAGUGACUCCACAGCCCAGCACUGUUGAUCUCUUAUCCAAGCUGAAGUGACCCCUCUUCUGCCUGACAUUCCUGAUCGGGUGCUGUUCCCCUCUGUGGAUGCUGCUGUACGAUCCUCCUGCAGGGAGAGGAGACUUCUCCCUCUGCAGCCAACCAGCCACAGGAGCAAGGAGUGUGCCUGGCCGAGAGGGGAUGUAUGAUGGACUCUGUACAUAGUGACUGGAGGCCGUAGCGCCACAUCUGUUACACAGAAACCUGGCUGUACUGCUCGCUGCCUCGGCCUGGAGUUCCAUGUUUUGAUUUCUAAUAUUAUUUUGCAUUUGUUUACUGAGAUGAGAGUGCACAGGCGAGACCAAGCAAAAGCCAGGACAAGAGACAAAGCUACCUCCAUCAAGAUCGUUUUUAAUACAAAAACUGACCGGACUUGUCCACUAAUAAACAGCUAAAAAGACAAAAAGAAAAAAAACUUGAUAAAACUGAAUAAAAGUUUCCUUGUAUUUUUGUUC